CACGUGAGAACGAGGACGGCUUGAAGAAGGAAACAAUACACUUUUGAGUCUUGUUCCCAACUGUCGAUCAAGGAGUAGUUUCGCUCUUCUUCUCCGUCAGCCCUAAAUUCCCAAUUCGCAGCGCUCGCCGAUCUCUCACUACGUCGUCAUAAGGUCUCUUGAGUGAGCUAUUAAGAACUGGGCAUUUUAUUCCGAUCAACAUGAAUUACUUAAUUGGAGCAUUCAAACCAUCCUGCAACAUUUCAAUCACAUUUUCUGAUGCCAAAACUCGGAAGCAGGUCCCCUUAAAGAAGGAAAGUGGCCAAGCAGUAUUGGUCCCACUUUUUCAAAGUCAAGAAAACAUUUCUGGGAAGAUUAAUAUAGAACCAAUUCAAGGGAAGAAGGUCGAACACAAUGGAGUUAAAGUUGAGCUCCUCGGUCAAAUCGAGAUGUACUUUGACAGAGGCAACUUUUAUGACUUUACUUCCCUUGUUCGUGAACUUGAUGUUCCUGGAGAUAUAUAUGAAAGGAAAACAUAUCCUUUUGAGUUUUCUACAGUUGAGAUGCCAUAUGAGACUUACAACGGGGUGAAUGUGAGACUUAGGUAUGUUCUGAAAGUCACAAUUAGUCGUGGUUAUGGUAGUAGCAUAGUGGAAUACCAGGAUUUUGUGGUUCGCAACUUUUCCCCACCUCCAUCUAUUAACAAUAGCAUCAAGAUGGAAGUGGGAAUCGAGGAUUGUCUGCACAUUGAGUUUGAGUACAACAAGAGCAAGUACCAUCUGAAAGAUGUUAUUAUCGGCAAGAUAUAUUUCCUUCUUGUAAGAAUCAAAAUAAAGAAUAUGGAUCUGGAGAUCAGGCGUCGAGAGUCAACAGGGUCGGGGCCCAAUACUCAUGUUGAGACCGAGACACUUGCUAAGUUUGAGUUGAUGGAUGGUGCUCCAGUAAGAGGUGAAUCAAUUCCCAUUAGAUUGUUUCUUAGCCCUUAUGAACUCACACCAACACAUCGCAACAUCAAUAACAAAUUCAGCGUGAAGUAUUAUUUGAAUCUUGUUCUGGUUGAUGAAGAGGACCGACGGUAUUUCAAGCAGCAAGAAAUCACUAUAUACAGGCUUGAAGAGACGUCAUGAUCACUCAUCUCGCACGCCAUCUCAAUUUGAUCCAUUUAAUGUGGAAUAGAAGAUAAAAUUUCUCGUGGCACCUUGUAAAGCUUAAAAAAUUUCGACCUUAUUGUGCUUCAAUGACUUGCUAUUCUAGCUGAGUUGCAACUUUGAUACGGGGUUGUCGCAUGUACACGGGCGCGGUGGAAAGGACAAGAUCUCCGGUUGCUGUGAUGAUACAUCAUGUAACAAUCAUCCUGUAUCUCAACUUUGUGAAGUUUCUCCAAUUUACUUUGUGAAUUACCAUUGGAGAAAGUAAGUUUGAACUUUAUGCCUGCUUUCUGUUGUUAUAUCGUUGACGGAAUUCUGCAGUUCAAUUGAUCGAAAAAGAGAAAUGAUGAAGACAUUACGGGCGGAAAUUAUCCGGUCGUUGUUAUGUUUA